AUGCAAGGAUACCCAGCCUUCAGGGAUUCAUCACUUCUCAUUCAGAACAAGACAUUUGAUGAGGUGCCAGUGAGGAUUUAUCAGUCUAAAACCCAGACUGCAACAAAACAGAAAGCUGUCGUUUUCUUCCACGGAGGGGCUGGUAUUUUUGGAUCCAUUGAUUUGUUCGAAAGAAUUGUGCGGCACAUUGCCAAAGAAGGCGACUCGCUGGUUGUAUCUGUUGGAUAUGGUCUUGGACCAGAAAAUCCGUAUCCAAACCAGUACGCUGAAUGUCUAAAGGCCACCGUCCACUUUCUGAAGCACACUGAAGAUUAUCAUGUAGAUGCUUCCCGUGUUAUCAUUGCAGGCGAGAGCAUGGGAGCAAAUUUGGCAGCAAGGGUUUGCCAAUUGCUGGUGGACAGAAAAGAUCUCCCAAAAGUUCAUGCUCAGGUUUUGAUCUGUCCAGUACUGCAGGGAAUGGACUUAGAUUUGCCUUCAUAUCAACAGAAUGCCAGAGUUCCAUUUUUUUGGCGGGACAUGAUUGCCUAUUUCUGCUGCCUUUUCUUCAACAAGAAGACGUCAUUGGUAGGUGAGAUUGUGGAAGGUUGCCAUGUUCCUCCGGAGAUGAGGCUGAAAUAUCGGAAAUGGGUGAAUGGAGACCUCAUUCCUGAAAAAUUCAAGGUCAGAGGCUACAAACCACGAGAUCCGGCCUCAUAUAAAUUUAAACCAGAGGUGUACGAAGAAAUGAAGCAACAGUUGGAAGUAACAGCUUCACCACUUUUGGCUGAAGAUGCCAUCAUCAGUAAGCUCCCACAGGCAUGCAUUUUGACCUCCGAGUUUGAUGUACUCCGAGAUGACGGGCUGUUGUACAAGAAACGACUGGAGGACAAUGGCGUGCCAGUCAAGUGGACCCACGUUGAGACUGGCGUGCAUGGAGCAUUGAUCUUAUUUGGCUAUGGGAUAUUGUCCCUUCCAUCAUCAAAACCGAUGGUGCACAACUUUGCAAAGUUUGUCAAGAACUUGUGAGGCAAAUAACAAACUUGGCAGA